AUGUCGGACAAGUUGACUCGUAUCGCCAUUGUCAACACGGACAAGUGCAAGCCGAAGAAAUGCAGGCAGGAGUGCAAGAAAUCGUGUCCCGUGGUGCGCACAGGCAAGCUCUGCAUUGAAGUCGACCCUACCAGCAAAAUCGCCUUCAUCUCCGAGCGACUAUGUAUCGGAUGCGGUAUCUGCCCCAAGAAGUGCCCCUUCGACGCCAUCAACAUCAUCAACUUGCCCACCAACCUCGAAACGCAGGUCUCUCACCGCUACAGCGCCAAUAGCUUCAAGGUCCAUAGACUUCCACUUCCACGACCCGGUCAGGUGCUAGGAUUGGUCGGAACAAACGGUAUCGGAAAGAGUACGGCGCUGAAGAUCCUGGCGGGCAAGCUGAAGCCCAACUUGGGCCGGUAUGACAACCCACCUGAUUGGGAGGAGAUCCUCAAGCAUUUCAGAGGCUCUGAGCUGCAGAACUACUUCACCAAGAUUCUGGAGGAUGACCUGAAGGCUGUGACCAAGCCUCAGUACGUGGAUCAGAUUCCCAAGGCAAUCAAGGCAAAGGGCGCAGAACGCAGUGUUGGCCAUCAGCUCAAAUCUAGGUGCCAGGUUGAUGAGGCGAGACUGGAGGAGAUCUGUCAGGCUCUUGAGCUCAAGCAAGUCUGGGACCGUGAUGUUGACCUCCUCUCAGGAGGAGAGCUGCAGCGUUUUGCCAUUGCCGCAGUGUGUGUGCAAAAGGCCGAUGUCUACAUGUUCGACGAGCCGUCUUCCUUCUUGGAUGUCAAGCAGCGUCUGGCUGCCGGUCAGAUCAUUCGAAGUCUCCUGCGCCCCGACUGCUUCGUUAUUGUCGUCGAGCACGAUUUGUCCAUUCUGGAUUAUCUCUCAGACUACAUCUGCGUGCUCUACGGAAAGCCAGCAGUGUAUGGUGUUGUGACCGCGCCCUUCUCCGUCCGUGAAGGUAUCAACAUCUUCCUUGACGGUAACAUUCCCACCGAGAACUUGCGCUUCCGUGAGGAAAGCUUGCAGUUCCGCAUGACGGAAGCCGGAGAUGAAUUUCUCACUGAGCAGACUCUGGAUUUCUCCUACCCUUCGAUGACCAAGACCCUUGACAAGUUCCACCUAACCAUUGAGGCGGGUGAGUUCACCAACUCUGAAAUCAUCGUCAUGAUGGGAGAGAACGGAACGGGCAAGACGACCUUUUGUAAGAUGCUUGCUGGUGCCUUGAAGCCAGACGGCGACCAGAAGGUCCCAACCAUGAGCAUCAGCAUGAAGCCUCAGAAGAUCACUCCCAAGUUCACCGGAACUGUGCGCCAGCUCUUCUUCAAGAAGAUCAAGCUUGCUUUCUUGAGCCCACAGUUCCAGACGGAUGUCUACCGACCUCUCAAGAUGGACGACUUCAUCGACCAAGAAGUCCAGAACCUGUCCGGAGGAGAAUUGCAGCGUGUCGCCAUUGUGCUUGCUCUGGGUCUCCCAGCCGACAUUUACCUCAUUGACGAGCCUUCCGCCUACCUCGACUCCGAGCAGCGCAUCGUCGCAGCGCGCGUGAUCAAGCGCUUCAUCAUGCACUCGAAGAAGACCGCCUUUGUCGUCGAGCACGAUUUCAUCAUGGCCACCUACCUCGCCGACCGCGUCAUCGUCUUCGACGGCCAGCCUUCGAUCAAGUCUCGCGCCAACACUCCUCAGAGCUUGCUGACAGGCUGCAACAAAUUCUUGAAGAACUUGAACGUCACCUUCCGUCGUGACCCCAACACCUACCGCCCACGUAUCAACAAGCUCAACUCGCAGCUGGAUACCGAGCAAAAGGCCAAUGGGAACUACUUCUUCAUGGAGGAGGAAAGUUAA